AUGCCUCGAGCUCAGAAAGAAAAAAAAGAAAAGAAACAAAAGAAAGAAAAGAAACAAAAGAAAGAUGAGAAAGAUGAGAAAGAUGAAUCCGAAGAAGAACCGACUGAAUCCAAAACGGAAAAGGCCAAGUGGACUGAUUCCAAGGUUUGGUUCACAUUGAAUGAAUUCAUAUCCGAGAAAGAAAACGGCAACAUGAAUGGCACCACCUGGAAGCCAAUUGCAUUUACGAACGUCACCAACAGCUACAAUAAAGCGUAUCCAGAUGAACCUAUGACCAAACGGCAAAUUAAGAACAUGUACACUGGAAGAAAGAGUACAUACAGUAAGGCUCGAAGAUUGAAGAUGAACUCGGGAAUUGGCUGGGUUGACGGUGAAUGCUGGAUCGAUAUGCCAAAGCAAUGGUGGGAUGAGACUGGCGAUAAAGACAAAGAUGCCGGCGGAUUUCGAAACCAAUCUUUCAUUUUCUACAAUCAAAUGGACGAGUUACUCCAUACAUCGAAACCUGCCGGUGCACUACGUACUGGAACAAGCAGUGCUGUGCGAGUCAAAGCGAAACAAGUAGAGGAUGAAGAUGAAUCAGACGACGAUGAAUCAGACGACGAUGGAUCAGAUGAAGAACAAAAAAAGAAUAAAAGAAAAGCAGACAGUGAACCCAGAGAUGCUCAAGGAUUAACCGCAGCUGAACGAGCUCUAGAUGAUGGUUCUCAAGACAGCGAAGAUUCCAAUCAAAAGGUCACUAUCAAUUCAGGAGCUCGUGCGAGCAAGUCACAGAAAGGAAAGGGAAAAGCCAUCCGAGUCAAUCUCUCUGAUUCUGACUCAGAAGAACCUUCGGCUUCUCGAAAGAAACAACCUGCCUCAAAAAGUAGCAUCAAGAAGAAAACACCAGCGCGCCAGGUCAAGCCAGGCACGCUAGCAAAUGCCAUUGCUGAAGCUUCAAAGGACUCGGUCGAGAAGGCAAAGGAUGCCCUCAAACGCGAUGGACUCCGAGCAACCGCCUCAACCGAUCGUGAUCGAUCCAUUGAGGAAGCUGCUCGCAUCAAAUCUGAGAAAUUUCCGCAUCAACAGAAUGCUAUGAAAUUAUUCAAUUCAGAGAGUUCUAUUCAUUUCCCUAACUUCAAAGAUCGCUACAUAGCAAUCAAUGUCAUCAAAGCAGAGAUUGAGGCCGCUGUUUUUGAAGGUUUGAAUGAUCAAGACCGCUGGGAAUGGUUACAAGAAGAAGUGUUGGAAAAGAAGAAAAAACAGGCAAAUGAGAUGUAA